CCGGCAGAGCCAGCAGCGCUGCCGUGGGAGCCUCUCCGUGUUCCCGGCACUGCCGCCGUCCCGCAUGCCCGGCUGGGCAACCACCGGGCCAGGACGACCUCGCCACCAGAUCGGGUCAGUGCGGGAGCGGUGGCGGCCGGGAGAGCCCCYUGGGGACUCAGCGAUGCUGGGGCUGCACCCGCAGCUGCUGUGGGACCGGUGAGCAGGGUGGGGAAAGCCCGAUGGGGCUUCAUCAGCYUGAGGGGCUGGGCCAGCAUGGAGCCAGCAUCCAGCGCCCUUCCCAACGCCUCCGGUAACGGCAGCGGCGCCGGCAGCGCCCCGCAUUCACCCGCGGCCACGGGGCUCAUCUUGCUGGCCGCCCUGUCCAUCCUGCUGGCCACACUGCUGGGCAACGCUCUGGUGGUGGUGGCCAUCUCCACCAGCCGCGCCCUGCAGGCCCCGCAGAACCUCUUCCUGGUGUCCCUGGCCUCGGCAGACAUCCUGGUGGCCGUCCUCGUCCUGCCCUUCUCGCUGGCCAACGAGGUGAUGGGCUACUGGUACUUUGGUGGUCUGUGGUGCAGCCUGUACCUGGCGCUGGACGUGCUGCUGUGCACGGCGUCCAUCGGGCACCUCUGCGCCAUCAGCCUCGACCGCUACUGGGCCGUGACACGAGCGGCGCGGCUCAACCUGCGCCGGAGCCCGCGGCGGGUGAAGGGCAUGAUCGGGGCGGUCUGGGCGGCGGCGGCCCUGGUGGCACUGCCACCGCUGCUGCGGCCACGGCCGGGGGGUCAGGAGUGCCAGCUGAGCCAGGAGACCUGGUACGUGCUGGCCUCCUGCGCCGCCUCCUUCUUCGUCCCCUGCCUCGUCAUGGUCGCCGUCUACUGCCGCAUCUACCGCCUGACGGCCCGCCGGACGGCCGCCCUGCUCGCCGCCCGCUGCCCGUGGCCCUCCUCCAGCGAUGGAAAGGUGUCGGGUGUUGGCACGCCGGGAUGGCGGCGCCGGAGCCAGCACCAGAGCGUGCUGCUGUGCCGCCGSCGGCUGAUGCGGGCGCGGGAGCGGCGCUUCACCGUCGUGCUGGCCGUGGUGAUGGGGGCCUUCGUGCUGUGCUGGUUCCCCUUCUUCUUCACCUACAGCCUGGGGGCUCUCUGUGGGGAGGGCUGCCACGUCUCCAAGCCCCUCUUCAACUUUUUCUUCUGGAUCGGGUACUGCAACAGCAGCGUCAACCCCCUCAUCUACACYCUCUUCAACCGGGACUUCCGAGCUGCUUUCCGCCGGCUCCUCGCCAUCCCCCGCCAGCACCACACUUAGGGACCUGUCAGGACAUUUGGGACGUGGUCACCAGCCCUAUUCAGGGUUCACAGCACCUGGCCCCACCGCACGCCCUGGAUGGCAGUGCUGGUGUGCAGCUCGAGGUGCUUCUGGAAAUGCAGGAUUGAAUAAAAUGAGACCAA